GACAAAUGAUGUAACACAUGGAACGUUCCGGAUAAACCUAAGGUCGAAUUAAAACGGAGAGCGUGAGCUUUGGAAGCUAAGCACUGCUUCAGGUUUUUGYACACCGUACAGUUAAAUAUACCGAGGUAAUUUAAAAAAAAAUGCCAAGAGGAAGCAGAAGCAGGACUUCUAGGUUGCCCGCUCCAGCCAGCCGGGCGCCACCUGUAGCCCGCGCUGCACCCCCUUCAUCCAACGCCCCGGUUCCGAUGCAGGCCCCUCCAUCUGCUGUAGGGGCGCCGGCCGCAGCGCCCCRGCAGCCGGGUAUGUUCGCUCAAAUGGCGACCACAGCUGCCGGCGUGGCGGUGGGCUCUGCAGUUGGACACACUCUAGGCCACGCCAUGACUGGAGCCUUCAGCGGAGGAAACUCUGAGGCUUCCAAGCCUGAUGUCACAUACCAGGAGCCGUACCAGCAGCAGCCACAGCAGCAGAUGCAGCAGCAGGCAUGUUCCUACGAGAUGAAACAGUUCCUGGAGUGCGCCCAAAAYCAGAGUGAUCUGAAACUCUGCGAGGGAUUUAGCGAGGUGCUCAAACAGUGCCGGUUUGCUAAUGGUAUGUCUUGAGAUGGAGACCUGCAGCAUGAAGAUCACAUAAUCACAUUAGAUACUAGCAGGGCGUAAUUUUUAAGGGAGCUGUCAAUAACCAGGUUUCAUUUUAACUAAUCAUCUUCAGACAUCUGUUAUUUGUGAGAACACUGCUGCAAAGUUUGUAAUCAUAGUCCUAUAAAUAAUGUUUAUAUAUUUUGCUGUGUCAUGCUUUGACUCUAAUAAAAUUGGCAAUUAGUUCAUUAGUGUGUUUUAAUUAAGGUUUCCUCUCAAAAAAAUUGCAACUAUCAAAACAAUAUUUUCUGUCUCAAUAACACACUGUUCCUACAAGAAAGAAAAUAAAAGACUUGAAGCAAA